AGGGGGUCCCGGGAAGGUGGUGGGACAGGGGCUGUGAGUGUGAUGAGACCGAGCCAGUGAGUGAGUGAGACUGAGCCGCAGUGAGUGGGGCCUGCAGCCUUCUCCUCCCCCACGAGCCUCUUCCAGAACCUCUUUAUCCUGAUGUCUGACCAUGGAGACAUGAGCCUCCCACCCGAAGACCGGGUGAGGGCCCUCUCAUUAUUGGGGAGUGCUGUGGAAGUGAAUGAAGACAUUCCACCCCGUCGAUACUUCCGCUCUGGAGUUGAGAUUAUUCGAAUGGCAUCCAUUUACUCUGAGGAAGGCAACAUUGAACAUGCCUUUAUCCUGUAUAACAAGUAUAUCACGCUCUUCAUUGAGAAAUUACCAAAGCAUCGAGAUUACAAAUCAUCUGUCAUUCCAGAAAAGAAAGACACAGUAAAGAAAUUAAAGGAGAUUGCAUUUCCAAAAGCAGAAGAGCUCAAGGCAGAGUUGUUAAAACGAUAUACCAAAGAAUAUGCACAAUAUAAUGAAGAAAAGAAAAAAGAAGCAGAGGAAUUUGCCCAGAAUAUAGCCAUGCAGCAAGAGCUGGAAAAGGAAAGACAAAGGGUAGCACAACAGAAACAGCAACAAUUGGAACAGGAACAGUUUCAUGCCUUCGAGGAAAUGAUCCGGAACCAGGAGCUAGAAAAAGAGAGACUAAAAAUUGUACAAGAAUUUGGGAAGGUGGACCCUGGCCUUGGUGGCCCGCUGGUACCAGACUUGGAAAAGCCCUCCUUGGAUGUGUGCCCACCCUCACCUGUCUCAUCUACACAACCUUCAGGCUGUAACACAACUGGAAGGCCAAUGCAGCCACCAGUGGUGGACAGGUCCUUGAAACCUGGAGCACUGAGCUACUCGGAAAGUAUUCCUACAAUCAAUGGAUUGCGCCAUGUGGUGGUACCUGGAAGGCUGUGUCCACAAUUUCUCCAAUUAGCCAGUGCUAACACUGCCCGGGGAGUAGAAACGUGUGGAAUUCUCUGUGGAAAAUUGAUGAGGAAUGAAUUUACCAUCACACACGUUCUCAUCCCCAAGCAAAGUGCUGGGUCUGAUUAUUGCAACACAGAAAAUGAAGAAGAACUUUUCCUCAUACAAGAUCAGCAGAAUCUCAUCACACUGGGCUGGAUUCAUACUCAUCCCACCCAGACUGCCUUCCUCUCCAGUGUUGACCUACACACUCACUGCUCCUACCAGAUGAUGUUGCCAGAGUCCAUAGCCAUCGUCUGUUCUCCUAAGUUCCAGGAAACAGGAUUUUUUAAAUUAACUGACCAUGGUCUAGAAGAGAUUUCCUCUUGUCGACAGAAAGGAUUUCAUCCACACAGCAAGGAUCCACCACUGUUCUGUAACUGUAAUCACGUGACCGUUGUGGACCGUGCAGUGACUAUCACAGAUCUUCGAUAAAUUUGACCGACCAAGAACUACAAAACCAUAUCAGUGUACCAUCACCCCUUAUUUAAGCUUUCUGGAAAGCUUUAGAAGUUUUUUAAGACAGAAUAGGAAAGAAGGUACCUAGUGAAGAGCUCUUUUUUUAUUUCUGGUUUGAAAAGAAAUCAAUGAAUAUAUAUUUAAGGCAAAUCUACAAAAGAGUGAGCAUGAUUAUACUAAAGCAAUUAACUCAAAAAUUAAGUCAAAAGAAUGGUAUAGUGAAUACCUAUACACCCUUCUUUCUAAAUUCACCAACUAUUAACCUAUUUUUUUCUCUCCCCUGUCUUCUAAUUUAUCUACCAACUUGUUUAUUGUCUGCCUUUGAACU